CCCGCCGGGUUUGAUCCCGGAAGCAGGGUGUUGGGCUCCUGUGCGGUAGCGGCGAGGGACUGCGGCGCGAGCCUCAGACAGCAGCAAUGUUUCCCUUCUUCAGAAAAUCUCCGGAAUCUAAAAAGCCCUCCGCACCAGAGACAGAAGCAGAUGGAUUUGUCCUUUUAGGGCAUUUCACUGAAGAGCUGAAGCCUUCGGUGAAGUGAAUUGAAUGUAGGUAUGCUGUGUUCCGGUAAUCUGAAUUUGAAGGAAGCUGGGAUUUGGACUACCCGGAGGAAUGAAUGGAGAUACAGCACAUGAGCAAAGAAAGGCAGCAAAAGGUAAAACUUCAGAAGCCGAAGACAGCCAACCUUUGGAGACUGACAAAGAAAACUCAUCCAGUGUGACUGUAGCAGGCCCCGAGAUGGAAAAUAAGGCAGGCCAGACUUUGGAAAACAACUCAUUAAUGGCUGAACUCCUGAGCGACGUACCUUUCACCUUGGCCCCACACGUGCUGGCCGUGCAGGGCACCAUCAGUGACCUUCCAGACCACUUACUCUCCUAUGAUGUGAGCGAAAAUUUAUCACGGUUUUGGUACGAUUUCACUCUUGAAAAUUCAGUGCUCUGUGACUUGUAAUCUUUGUCUAUUUGCACCGUAACAGCUUUAAACAAAAGUGUGCCUAUUUUAUUUAACCUGUUUGAUGUUCUUUGCCAUUUCACUGCUUAAAGAAGCCCAGAAAAGCAAGGAUCCUAAAGCAAAGAAAACAGUAUGUUCGUUACUCUAUUUUUUUAGAAUAAAGUAUAUUUGUAUCAAAGUUGGACUUAAGUUCUGCUUCCUUUCCCCCAGAUAAUAAAUAUAAAAAUUAGGCUAUCAAGGUUUUAUGAAAGGGGCAGAUUCCUUCAACCGGUCUCAAAAUGUAACACCUCAAGUUUACCUUAGGAGAACUGUGAGAAAGAGCUGUGGCACUUUUCUUAGUUACCGCAACUCCGAAGUCUGUGCUGAGAAUGAGUGUGAUUGCUCUUCCUCGGAUUUGGAGGAAGCUUGAAUUAAUGUUAUUCCCUUUCUUCUUCCACAAUGUUUAUGAAUGAAUUCAGGGGGGAAAAAAAUCUUGCCAGUUAGCUUAAUUUCUUCAGUCCCCAUUUCGACGCCAAGGUGGAAAUGUAAAACUUUUCCUAAAAAGCAGUGGUGGUUUGCUGACCCACGAAUGCUGUACCUGCCCUGCGUGCUGUUUCUUUUGAGUGCUACGCGGGAUACGCUGCAGUUUCCUCAAAGCCAGGGUUGCCCUUCCCAGCCUGAAUGGUUCCCGCAUGCCUGCCUUUGUUUUCUGCCUCCCUGUGCCCUCACCGGCUUUCCAAAGAACUUCCCCUGCUCCUGCUUCAGUUACCCCUUACCCCUUACCCCUUACCACAUAUGUUCCCAGUUUAUGAAGAGAUCUGCGUUUCCUUUCAACCUCUCUGCCUCCUGAAGAAAAACAUCUCAUGAUGAUACAUAUUAUUGCUGAUAACACCCUUAUUUAAAAAUUUGUUGGCCACAAUACAGAUGGAAAUGUUUUGCUGCUAGAAAAGCUGAAAUCGACUCAUUUCCAAUUAGAGUGUAGGCAAAACACCUAACUAUGACUUUUAGUUCUUGGCUAUCCAUUAUUUAUUCCAAUGAAAGCAGCAAAGAACUGCCAUUGGUCAAUAAACUGUAAAGGGAAGAAGCACAUUGUGAUAGAGUAUUUUCCAUGGCAUGGAAAAUUUAAGUCGCAUUUGUUUUGAUUAGGAGCAAUACAAUUUAUUGAUCCUGUGCAAGUUUUAAGUAUAUUUUUCACAAAGAUAGAGUGCCAUAGCAAAGCUAAACACUGUGCAUAAAGGUACGUGAAUCAUUCAAGUUUUACUGUGUUGUGCAUGUUUGUUUAAUAAAUGUAGCACUGUCUUGAUAAAAAUGCCAUAUUAUUUAAAAAUUAAAUGAACAUUUCUAUUGACAAAAAUGUUUCAUUUACAAAUAAUGUUCCUACAUGAGGUGAAUGAUUACAUUAAAUCUUUACACAGUUUUCAUAAAACAUCAGUCUAGAAAAUGUGACCUGUUACACAAAUGUGAACACUUUAUAACUUUAAGCAGUUUUUGUGAAAACAUCCUUUUUAACAUUCAUGUUAAUGUACCUUGAAGCUAAAUGUUAAGUAUGUCAUCAAUUUGUCUAUUUGUUAAAUUUUGUCUAAAAUGCAUUUCAUUUAUAUUUAUGUCUACCAUGUUAUAAAUAUGCUUGUAUUUUCAUUUGUCUAAAAUAAUUGUUAUAUUUAAAUAAAUGUGAAU